AUGCUACAAGCUCAGAGCAUUCCCUCCGUUGUGAGACUUAAUGUCGGCGGUCAUUACUUCACUACAAGUCUUCAAACACUGACCAAAGAUUCCAACUCAAAGCUGACCGCCAUGUUUUCACCCAAUUUUAAGAUGAAACCCGGUGAAGACGGCGCUUUCUUUAUCGACCGAAAUGGAACCCACUUUCGCUUUAUACUCAAUUAUCUUCGCACUGGAAAAUUAACUCUACCAGAGGGAGCAAGAGCUCUUGAGGAGCUCAAGGAAGAAGCCGAGUUUUAUCAGAUCCAAGGGCUUGUUGAGGAUAUCUUGAAUGAGUCCGUAAAAGAAGAGAGGUUGAAAAAUGUAAAACUAAAUGUCGGUGGUCACUAUUUCACAACAAGUCUUCAAACGCUGACCAAAGAUUCAAACUCAAUGCUGGCCGCCAUGUUCUCAGGGAAGUUUGACAUGAAACCUGCUGAAGACGGUGCUUUCUUUAUCGACCGAGACGGAACCCACUUCCGGUUUAUACUCAAUUAUCUUCGCACUGGGAAAUUAACUUUACCGGAGGAAGCAAGAGCUCUUGAGGAACUCAAGGAAGAAGCCGAGUUUUAUCAGAUCCAAGGGCUGAUUGAGGAAAUUCUCAAUGUGUCAGUAAAGGCACAGAGGUUGACGACUGUAAAACUGAAUGUCGGUGGUGAUUACUUCAGAUCAAGUCUUCAAACGCUGACCAAAGAUCCAAACUCAAAGCUGGCAGCCAUGUUCAAGGCGAAAUUUGAGAUGAAACCUGCUGAAGACGGCUCUUUCUUUAUCGACCGAGAUGGAACUCACUUCCGAUAUAUACUUAGUUAUCUUCGCACUGGGAAAUUAACUGUACCAGAGGGAGCAACAUUUCUGGAAGAGCUGCAGGAGGAUGUUGAAUAUUUCCAGAUUCAGGGGCUACAGGAUGAACUCGAACUUAUGUCGGAGCGUGUAACUUGCAUGAUAAAUCUAAAUGUCGGUGGUCAGCGCUUCACAACAACUCGUAAAACGCUGACAGGAGAUCGAUACAGGAGCGGGAAGCUGUACCGAAUGUUUUCAAAGGAGAGGGGUAUAAAAGCCUCCAGCGAUGGCACUUUCUUUAUUGACCGAGAUGGAAAGCACUUCCGGUAUGUUCUAAAUUAUCUCCGUGAUGAAAAGUUUACUGUGCCACCUGAUGCAACUCUGAUUCGAGAAUUGAAAGCUGAAGCUUCCUUUUAUGAAAUGCACCUAAUGGAACGUGAUUUGACUAAAUUACUUCAAAGGUAUGAGGCUACGGCCUUCUAAAUCAUUACGAUCAUAAGAUCAUCAUGAUGAUACAUUUCUAUAGCGCAUUCUCCAUAUUGAUCAUGACGCUCUGAGUGCUUUAGAACACUUUGCGCGGGACUUUGGCAAGACUGCAUUGAGCAGUCUACAAUUUUAGAAACAGACCACAAAAAGUACUGAGAGCUACGUUCUCAACUCUCUGCGAGAAGUGCGUUGAUAGGAUAUUUGUGUUUAUUAGCUCAUGGCAUCGAUCCGGCUCCUAUAUUCCCGUGUACGUUUCUUACUUUGGAAAGGGAAGAUAAUCCAAAGAAAGGGCUCCAGCACUUAGAGGAUUCUGUUCUUUCUGCUGUCAAAUUGAAAUCGAUGACGAUGAGGAACAUAUAUUAUUGUAUUGGCCUUAUGCAGUUUAGCCUGUCAAAGUGAUAAAUGUAUAGUAUCCCCAUCAGGAUAAUCUCAAUGUAGCCUUAAAUAAUUUCCUUAUCAAAUAGUGUCGAGCCUUUGGAAUAUCCACUUAUUUCUGCGUUUGUUUUUCAAGAAAUGGAUAUAGACCGUAAAGCAGUGCACGUGUAUAACACAAUGUGGUUUACUUGUUUAAUUUAUCUUAUUAUAAUUAAUUGUUAUCAUGAACAUGAUAUUUCUGUGGAGGAAAUGCCUUGAGAAUUGUUUCCCCCGCAGGGUUUUGGCCCUGAGGCCAAAACCCGAGGAGGCACCCUAGAAGUCCCCCCGUGUAUACAUACAAGGAAUUUCAAAGUGUAAGAAAGUAAGAACUGUAAGUAAAUUUCAAGUAUGCGAAAAAAAUCUCAAUUUGAUCAAACUAGGCGCGCACGGUGGUCUCGGGUAAUAUUUCAGCAAGCGCGCAAGGUGAUCUCGGGUAGCUGUAGUUGUCAUUUUGCAACCACGAGGUCUUCGAGCAGCGCUUGACGGUGCGAGAAAGAGUUUGCGUUUCGUUGUCCUCUAGCAGCAUUUCGAGUUCUUUCUAGCAGUGUUUUAAGGUCUUGUAACCACGAGUUCGCAUUUUGCCAUCAUUUAGCAGCAUUUCAACCACGAGUUCGCGUUUUGCCAUCUUCUAGCAGCGUGUCAAGGUCAAAAUUCUCCAAAAGAAAUAACUAUGCUAUUAUAUUAUCAUCUGGGGCUCGGAUUUUUUCUAUUACACUAAAAAUUGUUUCAUCUUUAUAUGCUAUUAUAAUACAAAAUAUUGUUAAAAAGAAGUAGAAGUAGAUUGCAUGGUUGUAGUGACUUUAUAUUUCCUUCUUUAGGCCUAAAUAGAUAGAUUUCAGAUAAUUAUAUUUUAUACCAAUACAUUGUACAUGGUUACAGCUGAUUAUUCUUGUUGCAAUGGUUAUUGUCAGUAAUGAUUUUUCCCAACAAGUCAACACACAAAUUUAUUAAGUUCCUGUUACACAAAUAUUAAUUUUACAAUUGAAAUAUAUUUUUUAUUGCCUGAUGUAUAGAUAAAUAUACUGCAGAUGAUUAUAUUUUUAGAGAUUUGUACAUUGUUGCAAGUGUGGUUAUUGUUGUUGUUAUGGUUAUUAUAAUGAUUUUUCCCUACAAUUACUCAAAAUUUUAACGUACAAUACAUUCUUGUUACACAGAAUAUUAACUUUACAAUUGAAUUACAUUUAUAUCAACUGAUUUAUGGAUAAUAUAUUGCAGGUAAUUAUACAUACAAUACGUCGAUGUUUCACAAAACAAAACUGUAUGACUGUAAUAGAUUUCAAUGUCGAAUUUACAGAGAAAUAUGCUAACAAGUUACAUGGAUGUUAACUUCAAUAAAUAUUCAAACGUU